UAUACAGAUGUUGUUUGUUUGUUUGUUUGUACGUCCAUACAGUCGAGUAAAUUUGUACAUUUGCAAAAUGCUUGAUUUUGAAGUUGCCAAUGAUUUGACUGAAGACCUCGAGGAAACGGUUGUUCCAGAUACUGCUGAUGUUUUUGAAGAUAAUUCUGUUCAAGAAAAUUCUUCACAAACUAUAUGUGAACUGGGAAAUUCUCAACAAGUCAAUGCCACACCAGAUAAUUUUGUGGAAGUUAAUCAUGCUCAUACCAAUGCUGUUCCAGCUAGUCUUGCAAAAGCUAGUCUAGUGGAGGCCAGCCAUGUUCAAACAAAUCCUGUUCCAAGCAAUGUUGUUAAUGUUGAUAAUAGUUGUGUGGAAGCUGUUUCCUUCAGGUUGAUUCAUUUUCAGUUGAGCAAAUCAUUAUGGAACCAGGUGAAAUGCCUGCUCAAAUUUUUCAGGAUGCAGAUGUAACUGAAUCCCUACUAGAUAAUAUUGAACCAGAGCCAAAUCUUGUACAACCAGCUCAAGUUAAUUUACCCGAGGAACAAUUGCAUGUGCUAGAUCUGCUAAU